AUGACACACCCCACGAAUUCCGACAACGAGCAAUAUUCGACCAACUUUCUUCGACAUAUUCUCUUCACAAUCGACUCCACACUGAAAUUUAUCGAUUCGCAGACGCCGGAACAGAGAUUAUUGUCUGGCAUGAUGAUUCUUUAUAACGGUGCUUAUGUAUACUGGUAUGGUUGGAGGAAAAAUUACAACGUUGAGAAAGGAUCAGUGGAGGUGCAAGGGGUAGAGAAGACUCGGAUGAAUGUGGAGGAUCAAGAGAUGGAGAUGAAGAUGGAAGCUCUGGUACCAGGGAGGUACAACAUGGGGAUGAACGCGAACUUGGAGGUCUGA